AUGUCUUCUCUCACACGUCCUUUCGAGCUCGCCAACGUUACUGGCUACGGCAUAAGAACCUCAGAACAGUCCAUCAGCUACGCUGCCCAAGCUCGCAAUCUGGUCAAGGCCGACUCGGAAGCACACCUCUCAAUUGAUCGCACCCGCUCCUCUUAUAACGCUAUCGGUAUCCGUCAUCUUGCCUCCGGAACUCCAGCUGGUCCUGCCAUCUGCUUUUCUGCAUCGAGCAAGGCGCUUUGGUAUUGGUUCUCUUGA